AUGGAUAUCGAAGACGCUAAAGAGGUUACCGCGAAGCAUCGCCGAUUAUUUCAGCAACAAGAUUACCCGCCGUCAACUUCAAGAAGCAACAGACCAAAUCGAUGCUCAAGAACCAAAUACCCUACCGUUGCCAUUACGACUUUAAAUGUGCAAGAUGUCCAACAAUCCCUCUGCCUCGAACUUGAUGUCGAGGAUACUGAGAUGGAAGCUAUACAGCCACUCCCCCUCCCUUCCUAUCUUAUACGCACUCUUAGCCUAAUUAAAAAGGCUAGCGGUAGCUCGAAAAUCAACGAGGCUAGUACACGAUGGGUGAUCGAUGCGAUUAUUCUUGAAGCAUAUGAGGAGGCGACCCGAGACCUGAAAAAUGCACAGCCUUUAAGCGUGCAGUGUGAACGGAACUAUCAAGUUGGCCCAGUGGUUCUAAACCACAAGAAGGUCAUUCUGAGUGGCCGACCGGACUAUAGCGUCUGGGGACAAACCCGGUUGCCCAACUACUCGGAUAUAUGGCAUGGUAGUCGCUUUGUCCGAAGAGAAUUCCUGGGACUUCAGGCUGCGGUCGUCUUUACUACAAUGGCUUGGUACGGUCGCGGUAUCGACCAAGGUCAAUCCCUGUAG